CAGUGCAGUAUACAUAACGCAGAAUGUCCUUCGAGUCCGUCACGUUCCCCCACCCGCGCGAGCGCCAUGAGUCCGUCGCCUCGACGUCGUCCUUCCGCGACGACAGCUUCUACCCCUCGUCCUUCGAGGUGCCCGCCACGUCCUUCCAGAUGAACCCGCUCUCCUCGCACCCGCCGCGCACCCCGCGCACCUCCAUCAUCGCGAACAACACCGGCGCGAAGGUGUACCCCACCGCCGAGUACAACUACGCCGAGAAGAGCGAGGAGCAGAACGUCGACGUGGAGGAGGAGGAGGACGUGGUGGAGGCCGAGGAGGAGCGCGGGCGUGCGGGCAGGGUGCGGAACGAGGAGAUCUGGCGGGAGAUGCUGAAGACGACGGUGGGGCGGGAUAAGGCGGUCGAACUGAUGCAGUACUCGCUAAAAGUCUACCUCCUGUUCCACACAACGGCGAUGGCGAGCGGGUUCAUGCGCAAGCGCGGCCGCCCGUCAUGGGAGCUCGAGCUCGUGAAGCGGCUCGAGCGGACAGUGGCCGGCUUCUCGCUGACAAGGCGGUGUCUCAUCCUCUUCGACUGGCUAGAGCCCCUCACCUCCAUCCAGGCGCAACAAGCCGCGCCCCUCACCUUCGACUCCUCCUCGCCCUCCAAGAGCAAACCGAAACCAAAACCGAUCCUCCACAGCCUCCUGCACGCGCCGCCGCUCGUCCUCCUCGGCCUGCUGAACGGCAUCGCCGACGACGUGCACACGUUCGCAAAGCUCGGGCUGCUGGGCAGCCGCGCCGGCCAGCGCGCCGGGCGGUUCGCGGACUGGUGCUGGCUGCUCAGCACGCUCGCCGCGCUGGUGGAGAAUAACGUCGAGAUGGCGAUGGUCGGCCAGCACCAGCGGGAAGUGGAAUCGAGGCUGUACGCCGAGUCGAUGUCGGGCGCGACGGCCAAGUCGACGCCGACGAAUACGAAGAUCGACGACACGGAGCUGCAGCGGUUAAACCAGAAGAUGUACUGGCUGCAAGUGACGCGAACGAAGCUGCUCAUGGACCUCGUCUUCGUCUCGUACGAUGUAUUCCAGUUCAAGCGCGCAAAGGCGCCUAUGCAGGCGCUCACGGGCUUGACAGCCGCUGCAUUGAGCACGGCGAAGUUGUACGACCGGCAUAAAAAUGCGCUCGUCAAGACGCUCAGCGCUGGUCUGACAUUAUGAUUAUGAUAAAGUGAUAUCCAAAUACCCCUUGAUUCCUCCGCAUGUUUUGCUUUCGCAUCGCAACCACCACCCGUCCUACCCCCCCUCUAAUUCGUAUCUCGUACCCCCGUACUGUGCUGUACUAUUAUUGCUCUGGGCUUAGACUAUACUUGGAUCUACAUUGGGCUAUAUUCAGUUCAAGCCCAACCCUUGAAGACACGGCCCAGCGCGUGGCUGGCGACAUUAUCCCGAUGGGAAAGCGACACGGGUAAUGCGGGACGAAAUGUCAGCCCCAUGAGAACCAGCGACGUGGGCUGAGGCUACUCGUCGAGGGGGUGUGGUCGUGUUUGCGAAGGCGCGCCUCACGGAGGGCGUCGACCUCCGCCUCGAGCUCGCGGACGCGCGCGCGGGCU